ACUCGCUCGCUCGCUUCACCUGGUUGUCCCGUCGUGGAGCCCUAAGGCCGGAUGGUCGAAACCUCCCUCCUCCAGCGCAUUUUGAAUAGUCACUGUUUCGCCCGAGAGAAGGAAGGAGAUACGAUGCCAGCCGUCACGUUUAGUCGCAGUGCUAGAGCCGAAAGUCCCAGGCUGUCCUCCAAUUGCAGUAGUAACCCUGGUCCAGGGCCUCAGUGGUGCUCCGAUGUCCCUCACCCACCCUUGAAGAUCCCAGGUGGGCGAGGGAAUGGUCAAAGGGAUCACAAUCUUGCAGCCAGCUUAUUGUAUUCGGAUAUUCGACUGAGUGUAACAGAAGAUUUGAGUGCAAACAGCAGAACUAAAAUCCUUCACAUCCAGUCCAAGCUUACUGAUGCAAGAAUUGUUCACUGGAGAGCAGUACUGAACAGCAACAAUCUUUAUAUUGAGCUCCCAGUUGGGGCCUUGCCUGAAGGAAGCAAAGAAAGUUUCACCAUCCUGCUGGAGUUUGCAGAAGAACAUCUUCAGGCUGAACAUGUCUUCAUUUGCUUCCACAAGAACAGGGAUGAUCGAGCUUCACUGCUUCGCACCUUUAGCUUUCUUGGCUUUGAGAUUGUGAGACCUGGACAUCCCCUCGUCCCAAAGAGACCAGAUGCUUUCUUCAUGGCGUACACAAUUGAAGAGGCAUCUGAUGAAGAAUAAACGUGUACUUUCAUCUAGUGCUUUGGUGUUCGGCUACUUUUUGUUUUUUUGUCUCUGUCAUCUGUGAAGGUGGAUUGGUGGAUGUUUGUCAGCCUCUGUGGGUUUUAAGGUGUGGUGAUAAUGUGCCCCAGUUUGGAGUAGCAUGAGAGCUUUCAGGCUAUCUGGUGAUGGUCUGUUUGAAUUUUCACUUGUACUGUGUAUCUUGAAAUAUCUGCAUGUUAUGAUUAUAGCAAAUAAAUUGCUCACCAAGAAA